AUGGUACCCACGCAAACCCCAACCCUAGAGUCGCAUCUCUCCAUCCUCCUACAGAACUCCCCAACAAGACACACCCAACUCCGCACUUCUGUCCUUCCUUCACUGCUCCAAGCCAUCGGCGAAAUCGCAAGCACUCUGCGCUCCUCCUCUCAAGUCUGCCAAGUCGGCACCGCCAAUGCCUUCGGCGAUAAUCAGCUCAAUGUCGACGUCAUCGCAGAAUCGCACAUCCGCGCUGCUAUCUCAGCCACGCCCUCCAUCGUCACCGCAAGCAGCGAAGAGGACCCGAUUGAGCGCUCAUCGAGAGAUUCAAGUCUCGGCGAGCAAUCCCAGGAUAGUGAAAUCUACACGCUCGCUUUUGAUCCUCUGGACGGUUCGAGCAUCAUUGAUGCGAACUGGAGUGUAGGCUGUAUAAUCGGCCUGUGGACCGGUGCCUCUGCCCUGUAUGCUGCCCCUGAUGAAUGCCAGAUUGCAAGUAUACUGGGCGUCUUUGGGCCGCGCACCAGCGCUAUUGUAGCACUGCGAAUCCCAGGAAUAGGAGAGCCGACGUGCUUUGAAGUCGGAAUCUCACCACUGAAGGCUGAUGAUGGGUUGUUUGUGCUGGAAGUCGUGCGGCAGCAUAUCGAGUUGGCCCCUCCGCCGUUUACAACGCGGUAUUUUGCGCCGGCAAAUAUGCGUGCUGCGGCCGAGGAUGAGCGGUAUAGAGAGCUCGUUACGCACUUCGUAAUGGAGAAGUAUACGCUGAGGUAUAGUGGCGGAUUGGUGCCAGAUGUUGUGCACGCGUUGGUCAAGGGUCAUGGCGUUUAUGUCUCCCCUGUCACAGAGAAGAGCAAGGCCAAGUUGAGGAGGCUGUAUGAGUUGGCUCCUAUAGCGUUGAUUGUGGAGUCUGCUGGAGGACUGGCAAUUGAUCCAUCAAGUGGAGAGAGGAUACUGGCGCGGGAAGUCAAAGAUACUGAUGAGAGGGGAGGAUUAGUGUGUGGGAGUAAGGAUGAGGUUGUGUCUGUUAUAGAGAAGCUGAGACCGCAAUAG